AAAAAAACAAUUUACCACAUCAUCAAAAAAAAAAUAUUCUUCCCAAUAUUCAAUCCUAUUCUAUAGAAUCAAACUUUAUUUUCUCUGAUGUACACACAAGAAUAUGGUAAUAACAUGUUUCUCCCUCGUUCUGUGAUUUUUUCCUUCUCUUGAAAAAUGCAUUGCGAAACUUGUCAACUGCGAUGAUCACAACUGAAAAUAUAAUAUUACUUGAGGGUAACUGAGAAAAGUACGUAGAUAAUUCUAUUAAAUUAAACCAAUAAAUAUAAACAUCACUUGCCUUUUCCAUUUUGUGCAAAACUAAUUGCGCAUGCGCAGUUAGAUUCAGUUAAACGUUUUCAAACAACCAACCAUCGAUAGAGAUGACUGUUAGUAACUUUCCGACAUUCGAUGUUCGAAGAUGAACAUGAAACAUUUUAUUGUCGAGGAGAAAUUCUAUAACGCAAGUUAUAAGAACGAUUUAUGCUUCAACGUACAAUUAAAUGUGUGGACAUUGAGAACGAUUGGAACCUGGCCAAAAUCGCUGGAUCGUUCUUGGUUAGAAAUUAUUGAACAUGUCUGUUUAUGCUUUCUCAAUUACAUUUUACUCGCGUUCAUUCUAAUACCCGGUGUUAUGUAUUUUCUUCUCGAGAUGAAAGAUUUUUACGAUCAAAUGAAACUCGGUAGCGCGCUCAGUUUCUUUCUGAUGGCGGUGAUGAAAAUCUGCGUGUUCAUCAUUCGUGAAAACGAUAUACGUAAAUGCAUAGAAUGCAUUGAAGACGAUUGGAAAAAUGUAAAGUAUCAAGAAGAUCGUAAGAUUAUGUUGGAAAACGCGAGUUUUAGUCGUCGAUUGAUCGUAAUUUGUGGCGCUUUUAUGUACGGAGGGGUAGUUUUCUAUUAUAUUGCUUUGCCGUUCACUCGAGCGAAGAUCGUGGAAGAGGGUGGUAAUCUGACGUAUAGAAGACUGGUUUACCCUUUUCCUAAGGCUCUCCUAGAUGCUCGUCGCACUCCUGCCAACGAACUUCUGUACACAAUACAGUUAUUGUCUGGAUUUGUCGCGCAUAAUAUCACGGUUGCCGCUUGCGGAUUGGCUGCCCUUCUUGCGAUGCACGCCUGCGGACAAUUGCAGAUUUUGAUGUCUUGGUUGGAAAAACUGGUGGAUGGAAGGGAAAACAACGACGAGAAUCUGAAUCAGAGAUUGGCUAAUAUCGUGGAACAACACGUUCGAAUAAUCAAUUUUAUAACUUUGAUGGAAGAUCUUCUUCGGGAGAUAUCAUUGGUAGAAGUUGUGGGUUGUACUAUAAAUAUAUGUUUCCUUGGGUAUUAUUCGAUGAUGGAGUGGGAUUCUAAGCAUCCUAUUAGAGGUGUGACGUAUAUAAUAUUGCUUACAUCCGUUACAUUUAACAUUUUCAUAUUUUGUUAUAUCGGUGAACUUUUAGCAGAGCAGACUAUGAAAGUUGGCGAAAAGUUUUACAUGAUUGAUUGGUAUAGAAUGCCUUGGAAAAAAAGUUUGGCUAUCUCUUUGAUAAUUUCUAUGUCCCGUUCAACCACGAAGAUCACUGCUGGCAACAUUAUCGAACUUUCUAUUAGCAGUUUCGGUGCUAUUAUCAAGACUUCAUUUGCAUACUUGAACAUGCUACGAACAUUGACAAGUUAAAAGUUUCUUUUAAUACAAUAAACUUCGAUGAUAAUUACAAUAGCAAUUUUCAUAAUAAGUAAUAGAAAAAGUAUAAUACGGAUAUAUCGUAUAUAUACUUUUUAUAAA